AUGGCCAACUACUACGAAGUGCUGGGCGUGCAGUCCGGUGCGUCCCCCGAGGACAUCAAGAAGGCCUACCGCAAGCUGGCCUUGCGCUGGCACCCCGACAAGAACCCCGACAACAAGGAGGAGGCGGAGAAGAAGUUCAAGCAGGUGUCCGAGGCCUACGAGGUGCUGUCCGACCCCAAGAAGCGCGCGCUCUACGACCGGGCAGGCUGUGACAGCUGGCGGGCGGGUGGCGGUGCCAGCGCGCCCUACAACAGCCCCUUCGACAGCGGCUACACCUUCCGGAACCCCGAGGACAUCUUCAGGGAGUUCUUUGGGGGCCUGGACCCCUUCUCCUUCGACUUCUGGGACACCCCGUUCAGCAGCGAGCGGGCCAGCCGGGGACACGGCCUGCGCGGGGCCUUCUCGUCGGGCUUCGGCGAGUUCCCGGCCUUCAUUGAGGCCUUUUCCAGCCUCGACGCCCUGAGCCGCGGCGGGGGCAGCCGGACCACCUUCUCGUCCACCUCCUUCGGGGGGUCCGGCUCCGGCUCGGGCUUCAAGUCGGUGAUGUCGUCCACGGAGAUGGUGAACGGGCACAAGGUGACCACCAAGCGCAUCGUGGAGAACGGGCAGGAGCGCGUGGAGGUGGAGGAGGACGGGCAGCUCAAGUCGGUGACCAUCAAUGGCAAGGAACAGCUCAAGAGGGUGGACAGCAAGUAA